UCUCUCUCUCUCUCUCUCUCUCUCUUUCCCUGUGUCUCUCUAUCAGAUGGACCCUGUGCAGAAAGCAGUGUUAAAUCACACCUUUGGCGUUCCGCUGGUGAAGACCAAGCGGCCGAUCAUCUCCUGCAACGUCUGCCAGAUCCGCUUCAACUCUGAGAGCCAGGCAGAAGCCCACUACAAAGGGAACCGCCACGCAAGGAGGGUCAAAGGCAUCGAGACGUCCAAGAGCCGGCCCCAGGAGGGGGACAAGCCCCUGACGGCCCCCCCCUAUCUCCCCCCCGCCCGGAGGGCCCUUGGGCGGCUCCUGUGACAGCGAACCCAUCCCAGCAGAUGAGUUGGGACCCCUGGCACCAUUAGACCUCCUGGCUCCCGGGCCGCUCCCUCCACUCAACACUCCCCCCACCCCCCCCAUGGACUCCCCCAUCACCGCCCUGUGCCCUCUGCUACACACCCCCCUCCCACCCCU